ACCCCUCCGAGGAGCGUUGAACACUGAUUAAGCAGCAGUGGUUGCAGUUUGAUUGUCUUUCGUCGUGGCCGUCGGAAUUUAGUGCAGGAAGGAAGUAAUUGGAGAUAAAGAAAACGAGUUGUCUCUGACAUUGUCUUGGAAGCGAGAAGCGGAAGAAAAAGGAGUUUAGGUCAAGGUUGUGAGAAAGAAGAGAGGAGAAUCAAUGGAAGACGGUGAGAUAGAAGAGGGAUCAAUAGGUGGUGUAGAGGAAGAGGAGCAUUCCUCAGAGCCUCACAAGUCGGAGGAAUCGCCCUACGAAAUCUUGCGCAACAGCAAGGCUUUCGUAGAGAACAUCGUCGCCGACAUACUCUCCAUUAAAAAAGACCGAAAACCUAAACAACAUCUUCGGGAUCUCGCUACUCAGAUGUUCUUACACUUCAUCACUCUUCGCCAGGCAAAUCGCUCUAUCUUGCUAGAGGAAGACCGCGUCAAAACCGAAACGGAGCGUGCCAAGGCGCCGGUGGAUUUCACUACGCUGCAGCUUCACAACCUCAUGUACGAGAAAAACCACUAUGUUAAGGCGAUAAAGGCCUGCAAAGACUUCAAAUCGAAAUAUCCUGACAUUGACCUUGUUCCGGAGGAGGAGUUUUUCCGCGACGCUCCACAAGAUAUCAAGGACUCCGUUUUGUCGAACGACGCUGCGCACAAUCUCAUGCUCCGGAGGCUCAAUUUCGAGCUAUUCCAGCGUAAAGAACUCUGCAAACAUCAUGAGAAGCUGGAACUGCAGAAGAAAAUCCUCUUGCAGACUAUUGCAAACCGAAAGAAAUUCCUGACAAGUCUCCCAUCACAUCUCAAAUCUCUUAAGAAGGCCUCCUUGCCUGUACAAAACCAGCUCGGACUUCAUCAUACUAAGAGAUUAAAGCAGCAUCAUUCUGCAGAGUUACUUCCUCCAGCCCUAUACGUGAUUUACUCACAGUUGUUGGCUCAAAAGGAGGCCUUUGGAGAACCCAUUGAUCUGGAGAUUAUAGGAAGCCUGAAAGAUGCUCAAGCUUUUGCUCGUCAACAGGCUCACAAGGACAAUGACAAUUCCACUACAGUGGAGAGUUCCAAAUUGGAAGACGAUGCUCCUGAUGAAGAAGAAGAUGGUCAGAGACGGAGGAAAAGGCCACGGAGGGUUCAAGCAAAGGAGAGCCUUGACCAGGGGGGAAUAUUUCAAGUUCACCCACUUAAAAUCAUUAUCCAUGUGUACGAAGAUCAGCAUUCUGAUUCAAAAUCUUCCAAACUUACCUUAAGGUUUGAGUAUUUGGUGAAGUUGAACGUUGUAUGUGUUGGAAUAGAAGGUUCUAAUGAAAGUCCGGAGAAUGAUAUAUUAUGUAAUUUAUUCCCUAAUGAUACGGGACUUGAGCUUCCACAGCAGUCUGCCAAACUCUUUGUUCAAGAGGCUAUAGCAUUCAAUACUCUAAGAACUUCACGUCCUUACAAAUGGGCUCAGCACUUGGCGGGGAUUGAAUUCUUGCCUGAGGUGUCUCCCUUACUUCUUACUGACGACAAUGGAGCAGCGAAGAAUGAAAAUGUUAUAUCUGGUCUUUCACUAUAUCGCCAGCAGAACCGAAUAUCGACAGUUCUGCAGAGAAUUCACGAUAGAAGAAAAGCUCAAUUGGCUCUUCUGGAACAGCUAGAAUCUCUCGCAAAGCUUGACUGGCCUCGUUUGUCCUGCAGAAGUAUUCCUUGGGCUUUUCACACUCCGUUGUGCAAUUUGGAUAGUUGGUCACCAGUAAGACUUCCACCUGUACCUAGAGAGUCCUCAUCUCCUACUGUCAUCGAUGAAGAGGAGCAUGUACAGGAACCAAUGGAUGCUGAUGUAAAUGAACGUUCUGAUGUCACAAAAGCAGAACCUGAGAGUAUUACAGAAGAUGGGGAGCUUCCAACUUUGCUUCCUAACAUGUCCAAGCUUGACCAUUCCACACAGCUGAACUUAAUUUCUAAAAGUAUCCUUCCUCCACUCAAUAAAAUCAGGUCACAGAGUUUCAAAAAGUUUGAUGACAGUUCUGAUUUCUUGCUGGAUACUGAAAGUGAUCUAGAUGAACCAGCGCAGACUGAACUAGAACAUGAAAAUACAUUAUCCAAUUACCAUGACAGAAAUUCUGUAUCAUGGAUGGAUCAUGGACUCAAGGAAUUUUGUUUGGUUCUUUGCAGAAAAAUCAGUGCAGAUGAGAACAAUGUGAAUUUAGAAGCUAAGAUAAAGAUCAGUAUGGAAUAUCCUCUAAGGCCUCCUCUUUUUGCAUUGAGCGUUCGCUGUAUAUCUUCUGGGCAAAAGAGUGAUAAGUUAGGAUUAGAGUGGUAUAAUGAACUCCGUGCAAUGGAAGCAGAGGUCAAUCUACACAUACUGAGGAUGCUACCUGUCAAUCAACAAAAUUAUGUACUGGCUCAUCAAGUUAGUUGUCUUGCUAUGUUGUUCGACUAUUAUUUGGAUGAGGCAUUCCCAUCGUCUGAAAGGACAAAUUGUACUUCCGUGGUUGAUGUUGGUUUAUGUAAGCCUGUUACUGGUCGAUUCCUGGGUAGAUGUUUUAGAGGAAGGGAUCGCAGGAAGAUGAUCUCCUGGAAAGACAUGAAACUCAAUUUCAGCUGUCCCCAAUAGUUGUAGGUUCUUGUCUGUUGUUUACAAAGACAUGAAGACUUCCCGCCAAACUGUCUCAAACAGUAAUUCUCAGCUCUGGAGAUGAGAAAUGGAUGCAAUAGAAUGUGGUGUGAAUUUUUACUGUUGCAAGCAUAUGAUCGUACCACUAAUAUAUGCGUUCAUCCAGCCAUAUUACAACAUUGUUCUUGGCUCGUAGAACAAGAGAAAUGGCGAAGACACUGAUAGAAUUUUGAUGGGUUCAUUUCAGCUGUUGACUUUUUGUUAUUAUUAUAUGAUUUGAUUUCUGGCGAAUGCAGCUAGUUCGGUUUCAGUAUAUUGAAUUUAUAUUAGUUUUACAUUACUGAGGUCUCCUUCGUAGUGAAUGUAGUAUUUUCUUGUAUUGAUUACUGUGAUAGGAACCCAGUUCAAGAGGAACAGAAGAUUGUAUGAUUGAUUGAAAACAAAAGCAAUUACAGAAGAUAUCCCCAUGUCA